CGACAGAAAUGAGGGGUUUUCUAUCUCAAUGCCCUCAAUGCGGGGUUAGGGUUAUCUUUCACUUCCCCAUUUCACCUUUCUGCUGGUGUCCUUAUGUUCACUUCAAUUCAACCAGUUUAAGCCAAUUUUCCUAAGAACUGCUGAUCCUAACAGUUUUUAAGAUGUUUGGGAUACUCAAAAAGUGCAUUCGUGUUGGUGGGAAGCAUAAUGAUCUGGAUGAUGUUGGGAGAUAUACUUACCAUCGUAUGAGAUGCUUGGUAAUUAACUGGUUCUUUGGAGAUUAGUUCAAAAUUCAAGCUCAUGGGCAUGGGAUCUCAUUAUACGAGGAUAACUUCCGGGAGAUGGGCGAUACUGGUCCUUGUGGACCUUGCACAAAAUCCCAUUUCGAUAGAAUUGGUAACAGUAAUGCUGCUUUGCUGGUCACCAAUGACGAUCCAACAUGCAUUGAGAUUUGGAAUCUUGUAUUUAUUCAGUUCAAUAGGGAAGCUGACGGCUCUCCCUUCGAGGCAUGUCGACACUGGGAAAGAAAAUGAGCAACUAUGACACAGAUGUGUUCAUGCCCAUUUUUUAUGCUAUCCAACAAGCCACCGGAGCUUGGCCAUACUCUGGAAAAAUUGGAGCAGUGAUGUGGACAAAAUUGACAUGGCUUAGAACUAUUUAUUUUGCGAUUGCUGAUGGUUCUUGUCCAGGAACUCAUAUCUCAAAUACGCGAGAGGCUAAAGCCUUUGCUAUUUAUUUGAGGAGGAAAUUGCCAAGGGCAUCCGAAGAAUAACUGUUGCCACAACUCGUUUUGCUGUCAAGCCAGUAAACUCUGCGAAAGAAAUAGUGAGCAGUCCAGUUAGACAAUAGUACCCUCGUUAAGGCCACCGGAGGUCGACCAUACUCCGGAAAAGUUGGAGCAGAUGAUGAUGUGGACAAAAUUGGCAUGGCUUAUAGGGUUGUGGCUGACCAUAUUAGAGCUCUUUCUUUUGCGAUUGCUGAUGGUUCUUUGUCCAGCAGGAAAAGGCAUUCAUCAAGGCACGGUGGAGGAAACCUUGCUUCAGCAGCAGAGUAUAAAAAUAUGGGAUUUACCUGAACCUGAUUUCAAGUUCAGAAGAGCCUCGGAAAAUGGGCUCAUACAUGAGAAUGAAGCUUUGGUUGAAACUGGACCAAUUCCAACUCAACAUCCACCUGCGGACCACGACCAACCUAUAGAAAAGAUCACUGAUACAAUCCGAAUGUACCUUAAGGACACAUUUGAAACACCGGAAGCAUCUCAAGUAGAGUCCCUGGAUCAGCUAGCUAGUCGAGAAAACUGGAAGAAAGCUGCCCAGCUGUUCUACCAAACCUUAGCUCUAGCUACCUACGAUUACCUGAAGGUUCAGCAAACAGUGGCGUUUGGAGAAAUAUUGAUUUCUAAAGGCCCAAAGAUGUGAACCUGAUCUCCACCAACUUUUAUGCUGUCACAUAUGUAAAGUUUCUACACAAGUUUUAGUGAGAUAUUAACCCCUGAUGAGGUGAGAAUAGCUUUAACACGAAGAAAAAAGAUUAGGGACUGUCAUAUGCUCGAGAAGUUCUCAGUUACGUUGUCUGCUUUAGAUGGUUGUGGGAGCCUACCUACUCGGUUUCAACUAUUUUUUUUUUCCUAAACUGCUCCGAUUCAAGUUAAUCAAUCUACAAUGUCAACUCUUUGAAUGAUUAUCCAACUUUAUAUACAGUUUUCAUUUCAUACUGUUGUGACCACUUGACGGUGUACUGAGAGGAUCACUGUCCUGAGGUUGCACAAAGUAUAGCUGAAA